UCUUUAAUAUUAUGGUUAAUGAUGACAAACUCAGUAAUAGGCACGAAUAUGAUAGUGGAUAUAAAUAUGGUUUUGAGUAUGAAUAUGGUGUUGGGAAUGAAUACAGUAUUAGGAACGAAUAUCGAUAUGAUAGUGAUCACGAAUAUGGUAUUAGUCAUAAAUAUGGCAUCAGGCACGAAUAUGGUAGUGGGCAUGAAUAUAGUAGUAGGCACGAAUAUAGUAGUAAGCACGAAUAUAAUAUUGGAGGUGAAUAUGGUAGUGAGCACAAAUAUAGUAUUGGGCACAAAUAUGGUAAUGGGCACAAAUAUAGUAGUUUAAACGAAUAUGAUAGUAUGGAUAAACAUGAUAAUAUGAACGAACAUAAUAGUAUGAAUGAACAUGACAGUGGCA